AUGUGUAGUCUCCGCGAGUCCGAAACGAACGUGGUAGUCAGUCUCGGACUCUCCGUGAAUGUGUUUAAGACUUUUGCUUUUCUGAGCCCCUUUUCCUUGCCCAUUUUAGUUUACGCAGAUGGAAGCAUAUGCUUGGACAUUUUACAAAAUCAAUGGAGCCCAAUUUAUGAUGUAGCUGCAAUACUUACCUCAAUUCAGUCGUUGCUUUGCGACCCAAAUCCUAACUCUCCAGCAAAUUCAGAAGCAGCUCGGAUGUUUAGUGAAAACAAAUGUGAAUACAACAGAAGACAUCAACAAAUGACCAGGAAGUUUUUAGUUUCUGUUAUGAUGAUAGAUUUUGUCAUGGUUUUGAAGAAGUGUUGGAACGGUACAGGGAAUUGGUCCCUCAAUUAAAGCUUGCAUGUAUUGAAACAUUAGCCAAACUUCAUUUCCAUUUUAUUUUCCCUGUAAUUCGUAUCAGCUCUCUGCUUAUGCUUUUUUCCCUGAGAAGUGAUUUUAUUAAUAUUUCUA